UGCGCCGCGCAUUCGACUGAAGCUAGCGGCGAGAGAAUGCGCGCGCCGAUAAUCUUUCUUACCGCCCUAGUCAUGAUCAGCCAUCAAGCCUCCGCCUCAUAAAAAAUAAAAGAAAAAAUAAAUACGAAAAUCAAGGCGUGUUCUAAAUGCGAAAAUCUUUUUAAAUUUAAAAAAUAAAAGAUGGCGCCAAUUUUCGACAACGUGCGGUGUUUUAAAAAAGAGUGAUGGGACACAAUAUGCUGCUACUAUCUAACGGGACUUAGAUGUAUAGUGUAAGGACUGUGUUAAAAUAUUGUAAAAAAAAGUGUUGUGUGUGCGUAUUGUUGUACCUAAUUGAUUUUAUUAAGCCUACAGUUACCCUAUGGGACCAAACCUAAUCCAGGAGAAGAGACAUCGACGCCCUCGACCUUAUUUAUUUAUUUAGUCCUGACCCCGACCCGAACCCCCUGGUAUCCUAGAUUGUGACUCAGUUGUACAUCGUGUGAAGUGACACGGCGCAUGGAAGUAGACGGUGAUUGUAUCUGGCUGUGGGCUGAUCGGACAAAAUGAAUGCGACAGAGAGCACAGAAGCGGCGGAGCCCCCCGCAGAGCCGGCCCCGGGCCCGGGCCCCGCGCCCGACGGGCCCCUGAUCCCCGUGCCCGCCGCCCCGCGCAAGCCCCCGCGCCGGGGCCCCAAGGUCCUGCAGGAGAGGCCCAAGCGAGCGCUGUUCUGUCUAACGCUGAAGAACCCGCUGAGGAAGCUGUGUAUCGAUAUUGUGGAAUGGAAACCAUUUGAAUGGAUGAUCCUGACGACUAUCUUCGCGAACUGCAUAGCGCUGGCCGUCUACACUCCCUACCCAGCCAGCGACUCCAACUACACCAAUUCUGUGCUGGAGAAAAUCGAGUACGUGUUCUUGGUGAUCUUCACCGGCGAAUGCGUGAUGAAGAUCUUCGCUUACGGGUUCAUCAUGCACGCCGGCUCGUAUCUCAGAAACGGCUGGAACCUGCUCGACUUCACCAUCGUAGUUAUUGGCAUGGUCAGCACAGUAUUGUCGAGCAUCUUCAAAGACGCGUUCGAUGUGAAAGCUUUGAGAGCGUUCAGGGUGCUGCGACCACUCAGGCUUGUGUCAGGAGUGCCUAGCUUACAGAUCGUGUUGAACUCCAUCUUGAAGGCGAUGGUGCCGCUCCUGCACAUCGCGCUACUCGUCAUCUUCGUCAUCAUCAUCUACGCCAUCAUCGGCUUGGAGCUCUUCUCUGGGAAAAUGCAUAAGACUUGUUACAAUAGGUUUACUGACGAAAUGAUGGACACUCCACACCCUUGCGACACAGACAACGGGUUCAACUGCUCUUCCCUCGGCGACGAGAUGGAGUGCCGCGAAGGCUGGAUCGGCCCGAACUUCGGGAUUACCAACUUCGACAACUUCGGCCUGUCCAUGCUCACUGUCUUCCAGUGCAUCACGCUCGAGGGCUGGACGGACGUUAUGUAUCAUAUACAAGAUGCUAUGGGGAAUAGUUGGGAAUGGAUUUAUUUUGUCUCAAUGGUUAUCUUGGGAGCUUUUUUUGUAAUGAACCUUAUUCUCGGUGUACUGUCUGGAGAAUUCUCCAAAGAAAGAGAGAAGGCAAAAAAUCGAGGUGACUUCCAAAAGUUGCGAGAGAAGCAACAGCUCGAAGAAGAUCUGAAAGGUUACCUCGACUGGAUCACUCAGGCUGAAUAUUUAGAGCCUUUAGCUGAUCAGCAUGACGUUGUGGACCAGAGGGAUUAUGGAAUGGGUACAACUACAAAUGAACAUGAUUCAACAGAUCACUUAGGUAUAGAUAAUAUUGAGCAACAAAAGAGCAAAGUGUGGAAAACAGAUUUUGAUAAAGUAAAUCGUAGAAUGAAGAGAGCUUGCAGAAGAGCAGUAAAAUCACAAACAUUUUAUUGGUUAAUUAUUGUUCUAGUAUUUUUAAAUACAGUUGUAUUAGCUAGCGAGCAUUACCAUCAACCGGAGUGGAUGGAUUUAUUUCAAGAAUAUGGAAACGCGUUUUUUGUAGCGUUAUUUACGUUAGAAAUGUUAGUCAAAAUGUACAGUUUAGGUUUACAAGGUUAUUUUGUGUCUCUGUUCAACCGCUUCGACUGCUUCGUGGUGAUCGGCUCCAUCAGCGAGAUGGUGCUCACCAAGACCGGCGUCAUGCCUCCGCUCGGCAUCUCCGUGCUGCGCUGCGUCAGGCUGCUUAGAGUCUUUAAAGUUACCAAGUAUUGGCGAUCGCUAUCCAACCUGGUGGCUUCACUGCUCAACUCGAUCCAGUCCAUCGCGUCCCUGCUGCUGCUUCUGUUCCUCUUCAUCAUGAUCUUCGCGCUCCUCGGCAUGCAGGUCUUCGGGGGCAAGUUCAACUACGACCCAGUGGAAGAGAAGGACAGACACAACUUCGAUUGUUUUUGGCAGGCGCUGUUGACUGUGUUUCAGAUACUAACAGGUGAAGAUUGGAACGCCGUAAUGUACGAAGGCAUCAAGGCCUACGGCGGGGUCGGCUCAUUCGGGAUCCUCGCCUGCAUAUACUUCAUUAUUCUGUUCAUUUGCGGCAACUAUAUCCUUCUAAACGUGUUCUUGGCUAUCGCCGUAGAUAAUCUGGCCGACGCAGAAUCACUGACCAAUAUUGAAAAAGAAGAAGGGGCCGGCGAAGAAAAAGAAGGUGGAAGUGUUGUAGCGACAGAAGGGGGCCACGCUGACACCGAUGAUGAAUAUAUUCACGACGAUGAUGCAUAUACCACCGAUAACUCUGAACGAGAAUAUGAAGAAACAGGGUCGGAAGGUGAACAACAAGAAGAAAUAGAUGGAGAAGAGGUGGAGUUGGAAGGUAUUGAAGAGGAGAACAGGGAAAGAAUAGAAGAAGAACAGGAAAGAGAAGACCAUGAGAUGAUGGAGAGUCAUCAGAGAAAUCAUAUAGUCAACACAGACAUGGACGAGGAACCGCGUCUGAAACGCAAACCGACGACCUCAUCCGCCCGUCCACGGAGACUAUCCGAAGUCGACAUUCACGACACUAAGAAACCCAUCCCAGAUGCUACCUCGUUCUUCAUAUUUUCCAAAACCAACAGAUUCCGGGUGUUGUGCUACAAGCUAUCGGCGUCGUCUCCAUUCGGGAAUAUCAUCCUGGUGUGCAUCAUGCUCUCAUCCGCCAUGUUGGCUGCUGAAGAUCCUCUAGAUGCUGCUCAGAAAGGAUUCAGAAAUUGGUUGCUAAGUCAAUUCGACGUGUUCUUCACGGGCAUCUUCACGCUGGAGCUGUUCUUGAAGCUGAUCACGUACGGGCUGGUCCUGCACGAGGGCGCCUUCCUGCGCUCCGCCUUCAACGUGCUCGACAUGCUCGUCGUCUGCGUCUCGCUCAUCUCCAUGAGUUUUAAGUCUGGUAGUAUAUCUGUGGUGAAAAUAUUGCGAGUGUUCAGGGUACUGAGGCCCCUAAGGGCCAUCAAUAGGGCCAAGGGCCUUAAGCACGUUGUUCAAUGCGUAAUCGUUGCAAUCAAAACGAUCGGCAACAUUUUGUUGGUAACGUCAUUACUACAGUUCAUGUUUGCUGUUAUGGGAGUCCAAAUGUUCAAGGGUAAAUUUUUUAGGUGUAAUGACAUUUCUAAAAUGACAGAGGAAGAAUGUCAGGGAACUUAUUUAGUAUUUGAAAAUCGUAAUUACGUAGUUAGAGACAGGGAAUGGAAAAGAAAUGAUUUCCAUUUUGAUAAUGUUAUGAAAGGAAUGCUAACUCUUUUUACGGUUUCUACAUUUGAAGGAUGGCCUGGAUUAUUGUAUGUUUCUAUUGAUUCUAAUGCAGAGGAUCGUGGCCCUAUUACUAACUUCCGUCCAAUCGUUGCAGCCUACUAUAUCAUUUAUAUUAUUAUUAUUGCCUUCUUUAUGGUAAAUAUAUUCGUCGGUUUCGUCAUAGUGACAUUCCAAAAUGAGGGAGAACAGGAGUACAAGAACUGUGAGUUAGAUAAGAACCAGAGAAACUGUAUAGAAUUUGCAUUGAAAGCAAAACCUAUCAGAAGAUAUAUUCCAAAGCACCGAAUCCAAUACAAAGUAUGGUGGUUCGUGACGUCUCAGCCCUUCGAGUAUGCAAUAUUCAUGCUGAUUAUGAUCAACACCAUCACCCUAGCGAUGAAGUACCACAACCAGCCUGCGGAGUACAGCAAGGCUCUGGACAUGCUCAAUAUGAUAUUUACAGCCGUUUUUGCGUUAGAGUUCAUAUUCAAACUGGCUGCCUUUAGGUUUAAGAAUUAUUUUGGAGAUGCGUGGAACACGUUUGAUUUCAUCAUCGUAUUGGGAAGUAUAAUAGACAUCGUAGUCUCACAAGUAAACGAAUUGAAAAAUCAGGGCAGUGGAUUGCCAAGAGCGCAUGUUGUUAAGGAGAGUUCGAUCCCCUCAAUCAACUUCUUUCGUUUAUUCCGAGUGAUGAGGCUGGUGAAGCUGCUCUCGCGGGGGGAGGGCAUCAGGACUUUAUUGUGGACCUUCAUUAAGUCCUUCCAGGCGCUACCGUACGUGGCGCUGCUCAUUCUCAUGCUGUUCUUCAUAUAUGCUGUGGUUGGGAUGCAGGUAUUCGGCAAAAUUGCAAUAGAUGACGAAACACCAAUCACGAGAAACAAUCACUUUCAGACGUUUCCACAAGCCAUUCUAGUGCUAUUCAGAUCUGCAACAGGCGAAGCCUGGCAAGACAUAAUGAUGGGUGUGUCUCCGGAGCCCGACGUGAAAUGCGACAAGAACUACGACGAGGAGGGUGACGACGGCGGCGGCUCCUGCGGCAGCGUGCUCGCUUUUCCUUACUUUAUCUCUUUCUACGUUUUGUGCUCGUUUUUGAUCAUCAAUUUAUUCGUCGCCGUCAUUAUGGAUAAUUUUGACUAUUUAACUCGAGACUGGUCAAUACUGGGACCACACCACUUAGAUGAAUUUAUAAGAUUAUGGAGUGAAUACGAUCCCGAUGCAAAAGGGAGAAUAAAACAUUUAGAUGUAGUUACUUUGUUAAGAAAAAUUAGUCCACCUUUAGGUUUUGGUAAACUUUGUCCUCACAGAGUGGCGUGCAAACGUCUCGUGUCUAUGAAUAUGCCUUUAAAUUCUGACGGUACUGUAUUAUUUAAUGCGACACUUUUUGCGGUUGUGAGAACUUCGCUGAAAAUCAAAACUGAAGGCAACAUAGACGAUUGCAAUACAGAAUUACGAGCAGUUAUAAAGAAAAUUUGGAAGCGGACGUCUCCGAAACUACUGGAUCAAGUCGUGCCUCCUCCGGGAGACCCCAACGAGAUCACUGUGGGCAAAUUCUACGCGACAUUCCUCAUACAAGACUAUUUUAGAAGGUUCAAGAAGAGAAAGGAGCAAGAGAUGAGACAAAAUGAUGAACAAAAUCACCAGAUGACGCUACAAGCAGGGCUCCGUACUCUUCACGAAGCUGGCCCUGAAUUGAAGAGAGCAAUAUCAGGGAACUUGGAUGAAAUAAUUACAGAAUCUGAUGUUCCUAUGCACAGGAGAAACCAUUCGUUGUUCGGUGGCGUUUGGUCGAGUAUUCGAAGACAUGGACCCAACAGACACUUCCAUAGACACAGAAAACCAGGCGAAGGCCCAGGAGAAGGCGUUGGCAAUCAUUUGAGUUCGAUGAUGCAGAAAGAAUAUGGAGUUGGACCAUUGCCUCUAGCACCAAUGGCACCUAUGGCACCUAUGGCACCAAACAUGGCAAAUGGACAACCAAAAGAACAAAUACCAUUACGGCCACUGAUAUUCAAUGGUGAAUCGGAGAAAAUAUAUCAAGUGCUAGAUAACCAAAAAUCCAACUAUCCAGAAAUGCUCGGCCAAAUCGGUCUAGCAUUUGGCUGUGUGAAUUACCUAACAACGCCAAGCGAGAACGCCGUAAGGCCAUCGCCCACCGUCUCCAGACAGAAAAUACAUCCGGAAGACUCGACAUCGUCAAGGGAAAAAUUGACAGUUCCAAGAAAAGCGUCGCCGGAAGAUAAAACGCCAUCUCCGAACCCGAUAGAUAAUACUAUACAACCAAAGAUAUCACCAAUGCUGGCAAGCGAAUGUACGCCCACAACGGAAUCGAAGACAAUGACGUUGUAUGGUUACAAUGCUGCAGCGAAGCUUCCCUUUGCAUUUUCUCGUGCAAAGGAGAGAGUUUGCAGAGGAGGGGAGAGGCGGAGUCUGCGGGCGAUGAAACCGGCGGUGUCAGGUCGGAUGGUGCGCAGCGCCUCGUCGGGGGCGGCGGCCUCGCAUGCGCCGGCCGCCCGGCUUUUAGAUCGCCCGCACUCGCCAGGAGGCGAUAGCUCUGGCCGUGGUGUCAUAUCUCUGCCGGGUAGCCCUCGCGGAAACAAUUCCUCAGUGCCCGUGGUAGGCUCAGCGGAGAGCCUGGUCACCAGGGUACUCGCCGAACAAGGGUUGGCUGCAUAUUGCGAUCCUGAAUUCGUGAGAAAUACCUCCCGUGAAAUGCAAGAAGCGCUUGAAAUGACCCAAGAACAAAUGGAUAGAGCGGCGCAUCAGCUAAUGGUACAAGAGAGAAAUUUAAAGCAAGCGCAGAACCAGCAGCCCCAAGUUGGUACUAUUUGGGCUGUUCUAGGGCGACAUCCUAGCCCGCCAAUACCACCCUUAUCAUCAACCCGCAACAAUGCCCCCCCCGCCUUACAAGCGGUUAUAGCAGCAGCCGAAUCACAGCGCGCGCCCAGCGUCUGCGCAGAAAACCAAGAUGGCGGAGACGCCGCAACGAUCCGAAAAAAAUGCCGCCAUCAUCACAGGAGAAAACGGAAGCGAAGACCAGUGUUGGUCUAGAGAACUCAAAUUGAUACCGUAUUUUAUCAUCUGAUAUUUUUUAUCUCCAAUGUUAUGCUCAAAAUACCUUUGUUACAUUUUGUAUCCUGACCAUGACCAGACAGUUUGGUAAUUACGCUAGGUAUGAAUUGGCAAUGUUCUAGAAACUAUCGAUAACAUGAGUACACAGUGAGAUUUGUAGUUAUAUAGCGUACGUUAUGAAAAUAUUUGUAAAGAAAAAUUAGGAUCGUAGUGAAAACUAUUGGCUGGCCGCAUUUUCGCGUCUGAAAUUCGAUCCUCUUUUUAUCUCUAAAGUAGAUGGACGUAAGGUAUUAGAAAUUUUGCGAAUUUUGAGAGAGAAGGUAAUUAUCUCAAAAAUAAAAACAAUAAUAGUGAUGAGAUAAUUAUUAAUAUAGGUAAUGUACGAGUUCAAAUGUUUUUUAGAUCUAAUAAAUUACCCGUUUAAGAUAAAUAGGUAAAUCUUUACCUAUUUUGUAAUUUUAUGCGAAAAGAAAAAUAGGUUAAAACUAGAAAUGACAGGGCAACAAAGAAUACUUAAAACAGAACUUUACUUAUAUCAGAAGUAGCAUAAAAUCUACUUCAAAAUAUAAGUUACAAAUUCAUAAAUUUUAAAUUUCCAAUUUUUAUUAGAUCCUUGUGACAAUACCUGUAGGAAAAAUGUACUGACUAUAUCUUAGCCCUUAUGUGGGAAUACAAUUUUCAGUAGCACUUGAAGGUUAGGUACAGUUUAUAAAUUACUUUGAAAAAAUAAUCAAUUUAUUUAGUUAUUCUUUUUUAUUUACUGUAGGUAUGUACUAUUUUAUAAACUGUACUUAUUCCCUAAAUGUAGGUAUUGUAGGACUAAGAAAAUUCAGUUAGAAAAUGUCGUGACAUGAAUGUCGUUAAUAUCGAUGAUUUAUUUAAAACAACUUCUUUUGAAGUUCAAUUAAAUUAUAAACAACGUUGACAUCUUCUAACUUAUUAAAUCCCUCUAUAAAAUGUAAUUGCAUGUAAAAACACAUUAUAAAACAACUUUAAAACAUCUAGAUAUGUGUUACAAAAAUAAUUUCGUAAUAGAUUUAAUGUGUUACAAUUACUAUGGUUUGUGAGUUGAAUUCCCGUGCUUGAAUACAGCCGUGUACAAACAUAGGUAAGAUGCUAUGAAUCUUGUCAACGCGAACCCACCAGCGGGAUAGUUCAGUGUGGGAAUACAAAGUCUGAUAUUAACUUUUUCUGUACAAGUUAUACAACGUGAUUGAUAUUUUACAUUUGUAAUAUUUUUAUAAAUGCCACAGAAAGCUCAUCUCUGAACAUCAUUCUGUAGUUAAAUACCAGAAGCUACUACUAAUUUUAAAUUCAAACAUUCACUUUCUUAUAACUAGGUAUUUAUCCUGCCCUCCACGUCUGUCUAUAAUGAAAAUUAUGAACUUAGUAUAAUUAUGCGGAAAUUGAGCUUUUCGUUUACAUCCUAUUGGGACAUAGAAAUCAGAAUGUUGGGAACAUGGCCUUCCAUAUAAUUUUGACAACUCCCUUUAACUGCUGAUUGCUAUUGUCAUUUUUAAGUCAUAAAAUAGAGAAUAAGAACUACCUAGGUACUUUAAAAAAUCAUUAGAAAUACGAUUUUGAUUUCAAGUUAGCACAAUCUGUUAAGAGCAAUUAGACAAUUUGACAGCAACCAUGAUUAGAUCCGUCGACGAACAACGCAGACUCUGCACGUCGACAUACGUCAGAGUCAAAACCUAUGGAAAACAACGGAGCCGUAACGUACUGCGUGGACGCAAUGGAUCCUGGCUCUAAGCUAGUGCAAGCAAAUGCAAAACAGAAAUAAAAUAGAAACAAGUUACCUAUGAAAAGCUACGCGAAGGCAUUUACGAUAAGUCGAUUUCGAUAGCACACAUACUUAUAGCACAUGGUCAUCAUAAAAUCAUACAAUAAUGACAUUGAAAAUAAAAUAUUCUAAAUUCAAGUCUGAAUAAUUGGGGACUGGCAAUGGUGGUGUUUAUAUUAACUUUUCAACGGAAUCUCGCCAUUUUGUCAUACGACAAAAUAAUGUUUUUUUAAUAAAGUAUCUAAUACGUCACAAUGCCAGUCCACAAAUAACUUUUGUCUGUAAAAUGUGUACUUUUACCCAGUACAAUCUAGAAAAUUCCGUUUCGUACGAUUCCAGGAUUUCUUUACAAUUUAUAGAAUUUUACAAUUAGCUGUAUAUUGUCGUAAAGUGUCCCCUAGUAAGUGCCCUUUUUGACUAUUGAUGGAAGUAGUUAGGAAGUUACCUGGUCAUCCAUGAGCCACAUUCCUCUAGGGUUAAGAAAAUAAUCAACUUUCUAACAUUAAACCAUCUUAUUCAUAAAAAGCUACCAAACGCUCAAAGACAUAGUUUAUUAAAAAUAUUUACCUUUAGCUCUGUUUCCCCCGUAAAGGAUAAAGACGAGAUGUUGUCCGUAUGUUUUCUUUCUUUACAAAGAUGGAUAGGAACGGGAGUUUGUUAAAAAGUUAACUUUUUAUGAGCAAGGUAAUUCUGUAACCCCUCUUAGUGUGUAUAUUGUUUUUAAUAUUUUAUAUUUGUAUACCUAUCUCAUUUUGGGUCUAAUAUAUUGAUAAUACCUUGAUUCUUCCGGCUAUCUCUUUCAGGUGCCAAUAUUUUCAAAAUUCAAUUCAAUUCCAUGUUGCAUUGUUAAAACUUUUUGCUUUACAAUAACGAGAUCCAUAAAAACGCACAAUAUAUUUUAUUUUGAAAGUUUUAAAAUUUUCAUAUCAUUAUAUUCUUCCCUUGUUAAUAAAUUUUUAAAUUCUAUUGUUUAACCUUUAGAUCAUCAUUGUUAAUUCUAUUAUAAAAUUUAACAACUUUGUUAUAAACUUAUUGAUUUUAAUGGUGGAUAUGAUUAUUGAAUUUUAACAUUUCCAAAAUGUAAUAUUUGCAAGAAGACAAAAUUGUAAAUAUUGUAAAAAAUUAAGUUUUCAAAACUUCGUAUUAUCCAAUAUUCAUUCUUUUAAGUACAUUUUUAUACUCUAGCGUGGUGGCUAGCAUAACUUGAUUGUAUAUAAUUAUGUAAAUAAUUGGAAUUCGUAAGAAAGAUAUAUUUAUUCCGUCAAUCAUAUUAAAUUGAACAUAAUUAAUUAUCUAUCUAUAUUUAUUGUUUAAAAGAUUGUAAAAUUGUUUUCAUAUAAUUAAAAAUUUGAAAAAUUA